GGCACGAGAGCACCUUCCCUUUCCGGGUUCGGUCCUAGCCUACAUCCUAAGAAAGCCUGGCGCUGCUUGGUCGCUCCUCGAGAAGGGACAGUAGUUUUGGCUGAUGGCUGUUCCAGGAAAAGUGCCUGCUUUCCGUCUGCCUCCUCUGCCAACUAUUGGAGAGAUUAUUAAACUCUUCCGUCUCCGAGCACAGAAACAGCUUUCCCAGAACUUUCUAUUGGAUUUGCGAUUGACAGAUAAGAUAGUGAGACAAGCUGGCGAGCUGAAAAAUGCCCAUGUUUGUGAAGUGGGCCCUGGACCAGGAGGGAUUACCAGGUCAAUCCUCAGUGCUGAUGUUGCACAACUACUUUUAGUUGAAAAAGAUGCUCGAUUUAUUCCAGGAUUGCAGAUGCUAUCUGAAGCAGCUCCGGGAAAAGUGAACAUUGUUCAUGGAGAUAUUCUUACAUAUAAGAUGGAGAAAGCUUUUCCAAAGCACUUAAAAAAGAACUGGGAGGAUGAGCCACCAAAUAUACAUAUCAUUGGAAAUCUGCCCUUCAGUGUUUCAACUCCUCUAAUCAUCAAAUGGCUUGCAAAUGUUUCCAAAAGAGAUGGACCUUUUAUUUAUGGCAGGACCCAGAUGACAUUGACUUUUCAAAAGGAAGUUGCGGAGAGGCUCACGGCUAAGACAGGAGGUAAGCAACGUAGCAGACUGUCCAUCAUGUCUCAGCAUCUCUGCACUGUUGAAAACUGUUUCAUAAUUCCAGGUCAAGCCUUUGUUCCACAACCAGAGGUUGAUGUAGCCGUAGUGCAUUUCACUCCAUUGGUGCAACCACAGAUACAACAGCCCUUUGAGCUAGUAGAAAAAAUUGUUCAAAGUGUUUUUCAGUUUAGAAGAAAAUACUGCUGCCGUGGAAUUGAGAUCUUGUUUCCUGAAAGUGAACGUUUGAAGAAAACAGAACAGCUGAUGAUGGCAGCAGAUGUUGAUCCAACUUUGCGUCCUAUUCAGCUCUCCAUGUCACACUUCAGAAAUCUGUGCAAUGCAUAUAGGAAAAUGUGUGAUGAAGACCCAAGCCUUUUUGCAUACAACUACAGAGAAGAAUUAAGGCAGAAGAAGAAAUUACCUAAAAAUACCAGUCCCUCAGAACAGAUUGAAGAAGAGAAUCAGCUGUAACAGCUGUGAUCUCAGCAGACAGAUUUUUUUUUUUUUUUUAAGUCUUUGAUCUAGAGGUGUUGAUGCAGUAAAAGAAGAUUUAAAUAUAUUCCUACAUCUGUGCAUGUAUAAAAGAGAUACUUUUGUACUGGAAGUGCUGGAGAGAGAGGGCUUUCCCAUUUUAUUUAUUCAUUCCAUUCAACUGUAGAAAAAAAAAAUGAAAGGACACUCCACUUAUAAGAUGUCUAUAAGUUCUGUUUACUUCAGGGAAUGGUCAGAGCACAUACCAAAAGCAAGGUAUGUUUCAUUAGACAUGUAAUUGAGAUACUUCUGAAAUAAUCAGUUUUGUAUGAAAAGUGCAUUAUUGAAUCAGAAGGAAAAAUAUUUCUUGUAUUUCAGCAUGUAAGAUGAUGUUUGGGUUUUUGUGUUCUUUUUAUCCUGGAACAUCCUAUUGUGCACAGUAAUUUAAAAAACAAAAGCCAAAACCCUUGUAUAAAUAUACUCAAGUGACCGGCUUAAAGGAGGAUAAAGUGCACAGAUUACCUUAAGGUCUGCUAAUACUCUUCUCAUUUAUGCCAAAGCAAAGAACUCAGGGUUUAAAUCUCCAACUAGAAAAAAGCAGUACAAUAAAAAGUAGAAAACAUUGCUAAGUACAAUACUUACUUGUCUUUUACUGUACAGGCUGGUAGAGAAAAUAAAAAAUACAGUCAAAUAAAA